UGUUGACCCGCUUAUGAAGCGGGUUCGCGUGGACCAGUGACUCGAGAGUUUCGAAAGCCGUGCCCGCUGCUGAAGAACACGUCGCUGAAGUGCUUCACAGGUUCCUUUUCAGUCGAUGGUUGACGACGGGGCGCGCGGACGUGCUUCAAAGCCGUAAUGUGUUCUCUGAGUGUCUACGUGCAACAACACUUGCGCUGGAAUGAGCGCUGCUUUCAGUUGUAAGUGGACGAGGACAUUUACCGGUACCUUUUGAGUGUCGUGCCAACGGUGUGGAUUAAGCGGUGCACAGGUCGUACACGUUUGCAAUAGGAUAGGGGCGGCAGCAGUUGGCCACCAUGGCGCAAGAAGCCGUCAAGGUGAUCGUCCGCUGCCGGCCCAUGAACCAGCGGGAAAAGGAACUCAAGUGCGAGAACGUCGUUACCAUUGACGAAUGUGCGGGCCAAUGUUCCGUCGUCAAUCCAGCAGAUCGUGGAUGUCCCGCCAAGACGUUCACGUUCGACGGGGCCUACUACGUCAACUCGACGACCGAGCAGAUCUACUUCGACAUCGUCUAUCCUGUCGUAGAGAGCGUCACAGAGGGCUACAAUGGCACGGUGUUCGCGUACGGACAAACAGGAUGCGGAAAGUCCUUCACCAUGCAAGGCCCGAAGUUUCCUCCUCAGCAGAAGGGGAUCAUCCCAAGGGCAUUCGAGCACAUCUUCGAGGCGAUCGCGACAGCGGAGGGCGCCAAGUACUUGGUGCAUGCCACCUACCUAGAGAUCUACAACGAGGACAUCCGGGACCUACUGGCGGACGAUCCAAAGAAGAAGAUAGACCUGAAAGAGCAUCCUGACCGGGGUGUAUACAUGCCUGGACUGUCUAUGCACGCUGUGGCCGACGUGGCGUCCUGCGAAGCAGUCAUGGAACGAGGAUGGAAAAACCGUGCCGUCGGUGGCACACUCAUGAACGCUGACUCUUCGCGAAGUCAUUCUGUCUUUACAAUUCACUUGGAACAGAUGGAACUACGUGGGAGUCGGACGAUACGUUCAGGAAAGCUCAAUCUAGUAGACUUGGCUGGCAGCGAACGGCAAGGAAAGACAGGCGCAACUGGGGAACGACUGCGCGAAGCAACGAAGAUAAACUUAUCCUUAUCCGCUCUGGGAAAUGUAAUCUCAGCGCUGGUGGAUGGGCGCAGCAAACACAUCCCGUAUCGGGAUUCGAAAUUGACCCGUCUGCUGCAGGACUCCCUGGGUGGGAACACCAGGACACUUAUGGUAGCGUGCCUGUCGCCCGCCGACAAUAACUACGACGAAACGCUAAGCACGUUAAGGUACGCCAAUAGAGCAAAGAACAUACAGAACAAGCCACGAGUGAACGAAGACCCCAAGGAUGCCUUAUUGCGGGAGUACAAAGAGGAACUGGAAAGGUUAAAGAAGCUGCUCAUGAAGAAGCCAAGUGUGACGUCACCACGGCCUCCGACGCCGCCGGUGCCACAGCCGAAUGGACUUCAUAGUAACAGUGACUACACACAAGCCAUUGAGAAUCUGAAAACGGAGUACGACCACCAAAUGAAUGAGCUGCAGAUGAAGUACAAAAUGGAGCAAGAAAGUAAAGCAAAACUGCAGGAGGACAUUGAGAAGCUCAAGUCGUUCUAUGAGGAACAAAUGGACAAAAUUAACAAGCAAAGAACCGCUCCACAAGAGAUUAACAACAACCAGCAAAACGGUCACCUCAUAUCUCCUCCACCAAUGAACGAUGACGGACCGAGAACUCCUCGAACCUCGCCCUGCUCGCCGGACGACUCCAGGGACAAAGAUACACCGAGUAUAGCACAGAUGCAAGCGCAAGCGUUGGAAAGGCUACGUGAGCUGCAGGUGAGAAUGGUGGGAGGCGAGAAGGCCCACGAUGCUGAACUCAAAGAGAGGCGAGCAAAGCGAAAGAGCUACGCUGAGCGGAGGAUCCGCGCCCUGGCCGAGGCGUUGGCCAAGGUAGACGACGAUGAGCGUGAACUACUUCCAGAUUACGACGACAUCAACGCUGAGUUAAAAGUCAAAUCGUCGCUUGUGAGGAAGGCCAAGAAAAAGAUUCAAACCCUCGAACAAGAGGUGCGGGACCUCCAAAGGGAGUUUGAGACAGAACGUACAGACUACUUGGAAACGAUUCGAAAGCAAGACCAACAGCUCCGGUUACUCAACCAAAUCUUGCAGCGGGUUCAGCCCUGCAUCCGUAGGGACUCCAACUACUCUAGCAUCGAGAGCGUUAAGGCCCAGAGCACAUGGGAUGAAGACGCACAAAAGUGGAGAUUACCGGAGCUGAUUGUAGUACGAACAAAAUUACCGCCAACAGGGGUUCAACCAGGUGGAAGGAUUUGCCAGAAUGGUUCAGUUCCUACUAUCGUCACCAACAACUACUUCGAAGGUAAUUCAGACGACAAGUUCAGACAGAAACUGGAGCAAAGCGAGAAGCAAGACAUUGCCACGAGUUAUUUCAAGAGAAAUCACAGACAAGAACAGUUGUUAGGCAAGAAGCAGUCGGACACUGCGCUACACACAGCGGCCCUUUCCACCAUAUUACAUCAUCCAGCGUCCACAAACUGCACACAACUUUUCAACGGCCUCAAUCUCCAGAACGGACCACGCAGUCGUUCUCUGCCACCGACAAGCAUGGGAAACAGCAGCAACAGCAGCAACGCCGAAAGCGGCGAGUCGAACGGAAGCCCCGAUGUUUCAGACAAGCGGCCGCUAAGGCUAGAGUCUCUUCAGCUGGCGACAGUGGACAGGAUGCCACACCGUAGACGGCAACCGCUCGCCGAGCUUCUGGAUUGGCCGGCCUGACGGGAUGACUCCUCUCAGCAGCACUGCAGGGUCUUCACAAGAUUACCGCCAAUUGGGACUCCUGAAGAAGUUAACAGCGAUUGACAAGAACUCCAGGAUCCGUGUGGUCGCGUGUACAUAGGAGGUACAUUCGAGUGACGCAUGGGCUAGUAGGUUACUGCGCUCCAAAGAAUCUUACGAUGCUGAUCACUCAAGUGAUGUUAGUACAUGGAAGCAGGAUAGGUAUCCAACAGCUUUAUCAAUGCGCUGUGUAUCCUCGGCUGUAAGGAUAGGUCAACCACACAUUUCCCAUGAUGCGCAUGCACUCUUGAAACAGAACUCCACCGCAUAUAACGCGCUCCUAGCCAACCAUGAUCUCGGAUGACACCGUUCUCGCUCCUGAUUUGUUGAAGACUGGAAGGUCCCAGGUGUCAAGAGGGUCCUGGCGUCAGCACCUUUUCCCUGAGUUGUCUAAUUUCGUUGUUUGAGUCCCUUCCUCAUGUAUCCCAACGUCUUCUUUCCCGCACCGAAAGUGUUUUACAGCACUAGUUCAAAGUAACGGACAUCAACAAGGGGUACAAAAGUGCCACAACGGACUAAAAAUAUAUUUGUAGAAAUUGAUAAAAUAUAAAUAAAUAUAAAAAUAACUCGCUCAAAGACGCAGUACGCAAAAUAUAAAUACCGUCAGCGAACAUUGCGCGCUUGCUUCGUACUUAAAUCACGAACGGCACAUUGGACGAACCCAGUUUGCAAUUUUUGUUUUGUUUUGAUGUCAAGAGAACUACUUUACAACAAGACAACCGGACUUUACAACAAGGCAAAAAAAGACAAAAACUUUAUUUGAAUGACGAUUUGUGGUGAGUUUCAUCGUCCACAAGGAGAAAGUUUUCCCUUUAAUGAUUUUGCGCACGUGGUAUCGUGAUAAAAGUAGUUACUGUGUACUUCGCGCGCUGUUGCAUUAUCUUCGUAAAUACUAACAAAAGGCAUUGGCCUGCACUGUUACUGAGAGGAGAAAAAAUGCUGAACGAGACUGUCAAGACGAAAGAAAUUAUUUUUAUGAACGACUAUAAGCCUCAGAAUGAUUAUCAAUAUCGACUAACUUACGUGUAUCACGUAGGAAUACGAUUCGCGAAGAGAGGCUGACAGAGAAAAAAUGCCAGCCAGUUGUUGCAUCCUGGGCUGUCACGUACGUUAACAGUAGAUAUGGACUCGGACCACAUUAGUGAACCCGACGCGCGUGGUGUGGACCUCUAAGGUGACGUGUGUAUUCAGUAUUUCAAUACUGUGCCAAAGACAGUGUCACGGUCGUGUGAUAGUAUAUGUGAAGUGAGAAAUACAGUAUGCCUAAGUGUGCAUAAAGUAUGCACAGGUAUGUGCAUAUGGCAUCAAAGUGACACAUUCACACAGAGCAGAGAUGCACACGCUCGAAAACGCUGUCACACGAACUGGUGGUACCAUAGCUGCAUUUGACCAACCUUUUUGAAUAUACGCGUCAUCAUUGUGCAUAGCGUUCGUUAUGAGACUCCACUGUUGCUCAUACGAGCUGGGAGCGGUACUGGAAAUGCCAUGUAUAAAAUGAGGUUAAUUAAAACAAUUGAA